CGGACUGAUAAUUGUCAUUGCCAUUGCCGCUACGGAACUAUCAAUCCUUACUACAUUAUCACCAAUUGCACUGCCAAUUGACAGCAACACAAGAUAUAAAAAUCAAAGAAGACAUCUACACCAAACAUCUCAACACCCUAAGCAUACAACAACAAGAAAACAAAAAAAAAAAUUAAAAAUAAAAUAAAAGACAUCCAACACUAAACAAAAAAAAAUGGCUCCCAAACUACUCGUCGUCUUCGGCGCAACCGGCAACCAAGGCGGGUCCCUCAUCAACUACGUCCUCAACGACCCCGUCCUAUCCUCAGAAUACACCCUGCGGGGGGUAACGCGCAACACAUCCUCCGCUGCCUCUCAAUCCCUUUCCUCGCGGGGCGUCGAGAUGGUCUCCGCCGACCCAUUCUCCCCGUCCACUCUCACCUCCGCUCUGUCCAACGCCCACACCGUCUUCGGGAUGACCAACACCGUCUACGACACCGCGGACUUUGGCGCACGGGAAUACGCCCAGGGGGUAGCCAUCGCCGACGCCUGCGUUGCCGCGGGGGUGUCCUUCCUGAUCUUCAGCACGCUCGCACACGUCAGCGAGGUCUCGCACGGGAAAUACACCAAAGUGGAAGGGUUCGACGCGAAAGCCAAAGUCGAGCAAUACGUCCGCAGCAAGUCCAUUAAGAGCGCGUUUUUCGCUCCUGGCGGGUUCAUGACCAACUACACGGGCCACAUGGGACCGCGGCCGACAGGGGAGACCGACGAGGCGGGCAACCGCAUCUACGCGAUUGCGAGCGUGAUGAAGCCCGACAGCCUGAUCCCGCAGAUCGACAUUGAGCACGACACGGGCAAGUAUGUGGGCGCGAUACUGGCAGACCCGGAGAAGUUCGAGGGCAAGACGCUCGCGGCGUCGACGGAGCUGUGUACCCAUGCGGGCAUUGCGGCGGCGCUGGCGAAGAAGACGGGCAGGAAGGUGGUGUAUAAGCAGGUCCCGGUCGAGAUGUGGAAGCAGUUCCUGCCCCCCGUGGGCGCGAACAUGUUGUCCGAGAUGAUGCUGUAUAUUGAUGAGUUUGGGUAUUAUGGACCAAAUACAAAGGAGUUGAUGGAGGCCACGGCGAAGGUGACCAGGGGCAAGUUGACCACCUUUGAGGAGUUUUUGGAUUUGUCUGAUUUCAAGCUCGAGUAAGGGUUGGGGUGGUAAUUGAUGGUUGUGGAGUAGAGAGCUGGGAACCAGUGUGAAUUUCUUUGCGAGGUUAAUAAUUAGUUUAAUCAAAUUAUUGCUUUCUUUUUUUCUCUUUUUUCUUUUUCAUUGAUUUCAUUUGUAUUUUUUUAUUUUAAUUUUUAACCCAUAUUCUAACCCACCUUAAUAUCUCUAUAAGAGAUGAAGUACAUAUUCUUAACAAGGAAAUUUCACUGCCCCACAACUCGUUCCCUGAACAGAACCUCUAUGCCAAAUGAUGUUAAACAGACUGAAUUAGCUAUAUAUGCAUCUAGUGCCUACCUACAGUCAGGCUCUAGAUAGAUAACAACUAUGCAUGCUGUAAAGGAUCACUGCUGUAUCACUUCGCUGUACUCGACGAUUGCACAAUCUUCUCUUCGA